UCUUUCCCUUUUGGUUCUGUGCUCUCUCCCUCACAUCAUCUUCUCUUUAGCCUUUGGUUCUCUUCUUUCGUUUUUAUUUUUGAUUCCCCCACCAUUUUUGUUCUUUUGAGUUUUAAAGAUCCAUCAAACUUUAUUAAAGAAAGAAGAACCAAAGAGAUAAAAGGGGCAGAGAAGAACAAUGGUUUUCUCAACCGUCUCAAGCUUUUUAGAUCCACCAAUUAAUUGGCCACAGUCGUCUACGAAUUCGAAUAAUCAUCCUCAUCAUCUUCAGCUACAAGAAAGUGGAAGUUUAGUUAGUGCUCACCACCAAGUACUCUCUCACCACUUCCCACAAAACCCUAACCCUAACCACCACCAUGUUGAUACCACAGCCGCCGCCGCCACCAUUGAUCCAGGUAGUCUCAAUGGCCAGGCAGCUGAGAGAGCAAGGCUAGCUAAGAACCAUCAGCCACCGGAGGGAGUCCUAAAGUGUCCUCGAUGUGACUCAGCCAAUACUAAGUUCUGUUACUUCAACAACUACAACCUCACGCAGCCACGUCACUUCUGCAAGGCUUGCCGCCGAUACUGGACACGUGGUGGCGCCUUGAGGAACGUACCUGUCGGUGGUGGCUGCCGGAGGAACAAGAAGGGUAAAUCCGUAAGUUCAAAGUCUUCAUCCUCCUCCUCGCAGAACAAGCCGUCAACGUCUAUGGUCAACGCUACAAGCCCUACAACUACUAGUAAUGUCCAUCUCCAACCAAAUAGCCAGUUCCCAUUUUUGCCCACUCUACAAAACCUCACUCACCUCGGUGGUAUUGGUUUAAACCUAGCCCCCAUGAAUGGUAACACUAGUAGCUCAAGUUUCUUGAAUGAUUUAGGGUUUUAUCAUGGUGGCAACACUUCAGGUCCGGUCAUGAGUAACAACAACAACAACGAGAAUAACAACAUUAUGACUUCUCUUGGAACAGCAAACAACAACUUUGCUUUGUUCGAUCGAACCAUGGGGUUAUUUAACUUCCCUAACGAGAGCAAUAUGGGAUUAUCUUCUAGUGGAGCUACUAGGGCUUCUCAAACCGCUCCGGUUAAAAUGGAAGAUAUAAGCCGGUCGGUUUCGGGUUUGACAUCUCAGGGGAACCAAUCCAAUCAAUAUUGGACCGGUACUGGUCUUCCCGGUUCUUCUUCAAGCAAUCAUCACCAGCACCUUAUGUGAGUGUGGAACAUUCAUGGUCAUGGACGACCUCUCGUUAAAGAUCCAAUGCGUAUGGGAAUACUAAAAAGGUAUAUUAGAAUCGGUUUGUUAUAGCUAGUACAAUGGGGUGCAUAUAGAAUCAGCUGGUGGUGCACAAAGAGAAUUAUUUCGUAUUGUGUGAUUAUGAACUUGUUAGUUGUUGUGUGAGUGUCUAUCGAGUUUGUUCAAUUCGUAUUCUUCACUUGGGAUAUUCAUAAAAUAAUACUAACUUUUUUGUAUGUUGUUCUUCUA